AUGCAGCUAGCACCAGAGUUUCAAAGUCUCUUGUUUGGCUUCUCCUCAUCGGAGAUGGAAUGUGACUCACAAAUUAAUAGUAUUGUCGGAACGAGUACAUCAAAGGAAACAAAUUCUCUAUUUCUUGAUAAUAAGGUUUAUUCGGAGAAUGCUUUAAGUUUUUUCAAGAGAAAAAGAACUGAUGCACUGCAGACAGGUGUUGAACCGUUUGAUCAAGUGAUCGGAGAGAUGAAAUUGGGAGGAACUAUUGUUGAAUUGUAUGGAAAUGAAGGGCAGGGUAUUACACAAACUUGUUAUACUGCCAUGUGUCAUAUUGCUAUGCCUUCACAUUUUAAAACUCUACAAUUCUCUGGGGAUGAAAAGACUAAACCAAGAGAAGGAUGUCAAGUUCUGUAUUUUGAUUUGGAUGAUAAAUUUGAAAAACCAAGAUUUAUAGAAAUUGUAGAAAUGAAUAUUUAUAAGGCCUUCUAUGAUAUGAAACGAAAAUCUGGAGAGAUGAUUGAUUUUAGUUCGAUAUCAGAGGAAAUGAUUGUGGAAGAAAUCUUUGAUGCAUCAGAAAUUAGUUAUAAUUCAUUUGUGUUGGAAGUAUUGAGCAGAAUUCAUAUUUUUAGAGUUGACAAUUCCUUUCAACUUGCCCUUGCCUUUGAAGCACUACACAGGAGACACAACGAGAGUAACAUGAUGAGAGAAAAGCAAUUAAUGGAAAAUGAAGAUUUAUCAGCUGAAAGAGAAUCCCUAAAGGAUAAUUUUCAAAACUUGGAACAAUUGAAUUCAUACAAGUGUAUAGUAGUUAACAGUCUAUCUCAGUACUACAAGCCUCACAAUGCAUAUGACAGAAAAAAUUGGGAACGUUCUGUAGAAUUAUUAAUCAAGCUCACAAACAGUAAGCAAGUGCUAACUCUUGCCUGUGUUUAUGAUAUUUUCAGUAAGACAUCCAGACAAAAAUACCACCAAAAGAGAAAUACCACAUUUUACCAAGGUGCCAAUAGAAAUUUCAACGAUGAUAGACUGGCCACUGAACUAGUUCAACUUUACCGUGACGAGUUAAAGUUUGCUACCUGGUCUCAAAAUGUACAUUACAGAUUACUGUUUGGAGGUGAACAUCCUGAUGGAAAGGAGGGUGUUAAAUAUUGUCAUCUUCAAAACCUGAAAGCUAGUAACAGACAAACAGGCUAUAAUCCUUCUUUAGCUCCACAUCAACAAAGCUACAAAGACUUGUACAAAAUGCAGAUCCUAGAUUAUGGAAUUUUAUUCUUCAAAUAA